GUGGGGAGGAGGGAACCACGACAGAGGGCACACACUUGGUUUCAACAACCCAUUAACAAGGGGUGACACAACUCUGAGGUAUAACUCGUUAAUGCCACGCAAUGUAUUUCUCAGUGUUCACUAGUCUUUCCGCUUCUCUCUCUAUGAAGACACCCCUCCUGCCUCUUCCAGCUUUCCAGUGUUAGUGGCCCAGCACUGAGCACACAGUAGGUGCCUCAGGAUCAGCAACCGAACUACUCUGGAAAUUUAAAGUACCAAUUCCCUGUCAAACAAUACUCUUUCCUGGGAAUACAUGCUACAUGUAAAUCAAAAUCUCCCUCAGAACAUCUACAAGUCCAAGAAAAAAUUUACCACAUGAACAUUUAGAAAUGUGCUCUAGGCUAAAAUCUCAACUCUAAGUGGUGAAACUGGGUUACAAACAAUCUUUUACACAAUUUCAAAAAGUUCCCCGUUAUGGUUUCUUAAUAAGAGUUCCUCUCUUCAGUUCUUCUUUUCUAAAGAGACAGAAAGAAAAGAGCCAACUCUCUUCAAAUGCACAGUGCCCUCCACCGCACGCGCACUCCCCAAGAAAUGGAGACUGUGAAGGGAGGCAGGAUCGUUCUUGGCCUGGAAAUCAAUCUGAUUCUCUUUUAUGUCGGUGCUGCACAUGACUGUAUGGUCUCUGUCCAUCAACCGCCUUACCUCGAAGUGGCCCACACUCAAGGGGCCGUGACCAUUCAGUGUUCAUUCUCCCACAAGGGGUGCCCUUCAACGCAACCAAAAAGCCUGUGGUUUCGCUAUGGUGCUGAGCAGCCUGAGAACCUAUGCGCGGAUGGCUGUACCGGCGAGGCGGGCAAAUUCACAGUGAAGGAAGCCCUGACAGAAAGAGAAGUCUCCCUCACUGUAAACAGGGUGACUCAGAAUGACAGCGCGAUCUACAUCUGUGGAAUCGUCUUUCCCAAAUCAAAGGAACCAGGAGCUAAGCGGACCGGAGAAGGGACCAUACUGGUGGUAAGAGAAAUGCAGGAACAACACAGUCUCCUGAUAGCUGUUCUAUCACUGCUAUCUAUCUACAUCACUGGUGCACUCGUGAUCUUCGUAAUCCUCUCCAAAUCAAAAUCUAACUCUUUAAGAAACAAAGAAACAGAAGAUUCACAAAAGAAGAAGAGUGCCCGACGUAUUUUUCAGGAAAUUGCUCAGGAACUAUAUAGUAAGAGACACAUGGAAACAAGACAACAACCUGACAAAGACAACACUUUUGAGAACAGAAGAGCACUCUCCAACCAUGAAAGACCAUAGAUAUGUUUUAAUUUUCAAUUAAGUCACUGAAAAUCCAAAUCCAGAAGUUAUGGCGGUGUUAUACAACAUACGCCCAUCGGGGCUUUAAAAAAACAAUCAAAGGUAAAUGGAGAAUUCUCUACAAGGAAGGAUGCCACAGCACAAGGAAACUAUCACUAACAGUAAUUACCAAAAUACUAAAACCCUACAAAAUACAACUGAAAAAUACUUUCUAACUUGCCAGAAUUCUGAAUAGUCUAACAUUUUAAGAAUUUCCAUUUUCAUAACAUAUAUCCUAUAAUUUGUGUCAUUUGACAUACAAGGUAUGUGAGGACUGCUACUGAAGAUUAUAAAUCACAACACGUGCUCCUGUCUUGAGUGGAAGAAUUGUCUUUAUGACUGUGGCCGUGAUGGGCCAAUCAGACUAAGAUGGGAGGGAGGAAAAAAGGAAGGGAAGGGCCAAAAUUUGAGUUAAAAAAAAAAAGAAGGAAGAAGAAAAGUAAAAGUACUUUUACUAGCAAAGUACCUUGGAGCGAAUACUAUUCUUCUGGUAUUGCCACUAGGCAGUACAGUGCACAUUUUCCUGCCUGCGUAUGCAGAAUCACUUACAUCAUGCUACCAGCAAAAAGUGAAAACAGAGUAAGAAUAUGAUAGCUAAAAUACAGAAGCUCCAACGCGGGAGGUUAAACAGAAAACCCAGAACUUCACAACACGGAAGCCUUAGCCAACUCUAGAUGUCAGUGUUGUGCCAAAUAACAGCACCAGGGAAGCAGUGAGCAAGGCCCUGUGCUUGCCUGUGCCUUUGCAAUAUUGAUUUUUAACCAAUUUAGGAGGGGAAUUAUCAGAUAAGGGGUGGGGCCCAGCAAAGGUGUUUAUGGAAUUGUUACCAUCUCACUGAGAAAACAUACUAUAGAUUGUUCUUUGAAAGCUACCUCAUUGUAAAAAUCUAUUUAAAGUACCCACAAGUGUGCAUUCGUUAUUAAAAAUGAAUUACAACCUA